AUGCCUGACUUCAAGAUCUCCGCAUCCCUCGAAGGCCACGGCGAUGAUGUGCGCGCUGUGGCCUUCCCUAACCCCAAUGCUGCUCUCUCAGCUUCACGCGAUGCAACUGUGCGGCUCUGGAAGCUCGUCUCGAAUCCCCCUCCUUCCUAUGACUACACCAUCACCGCACUUGGCCAGGCUUUCAUCAACAGUUUAGCCUACCUUCCACCUACGGCCGAGUACCCUGAGGGCCUUGUUCUAUCUGGUGGGCAGGACACCAUCAUCGAAGCUCGACAGCCCGGCAAAGGGUCGGAUGACAAUGCGGAUGCUAUGCUCCUGGGGCAUUCUCACAACGUCUGUGCUCUGGACGUGUCACCCGACAGCAGAUGGAUUGUCAGUGGUAGCUGGGACUCGACGGCUCGGAUUUGGAAGGUUGGGAAGUGGGAAACUGACAUGGUGUUGGAUGGUCAUGAAGGAAGCGUAUGGGCUGUGCUAGCCUACGAUAAGAACACCGUUAUCACCGGCUGUGCCGACAAGAUGAUUCGCAUAUUCAAUACUUCCGGAAAGCUCCUUGCCAGUAUACAGAACUCCAAUGACGUCGUCCGGGCCCUCUGCAGGGUCCCUGCCUCGAACCCGACUGGAGCGCAGUUCGCAUCGGCCAGCAACGAUGGCAUCAUUCGGCUGUAUACCCUUCAGGGCGAGCUGGUCGCUUCUCUCCAUGGCCACGAGAGCUUCGUCUAUUCCCUUGCCGCGCUGCCUUCCGGUGAGCUAGUGAGCUCCGGCGAGGACCGAACGGUCCGGGUAUGGAAUGGUACUCAGUGUGUUCAGACCAUCACACACCCAGCUAUCUCCGUCUGGAGUGUGGCUGUGUGCAGCGAAACCGGUGACAUUAUUACUGGUGCCAGUGAUCGCAUUGCUCGUAUCUUCAGCCGAAGUCCAGAGCGGGCUGCCGCGCCCGAGGUCAUUGAGUUAUUUGACCAGGCUGUCAAGGAGUCCGCCAUUCCUGCACAGCAAGUUGGAAAUAUUAACAAAGAGCAGUUGCCCGGUCCGGAGUUCCUCAAGCAAAAAUCAGGAACAAAGGAGGGUCAGAUUCAGAUGAUCAAUGAGCCCGAUGGCAGUGUCACAGCCCACACUUGGUCAGCAGGGACACAGGAGUGGAUUGCAGUUGGUACAGUGGUGGACUCGGCAGGAAGCAGUGGACGCAAGACGGAAUAUCUUGGGCAGGAUUAUGAUUAUGUCUUCGAUGUCGAUAUCGAAGACGGCAAGCCUCCGCUCAAACUCCCGUACAACGCGUCGCAGAACCCUUACGAAGCGGCCACCAAGUUCAUCGGCGAUAACGAAUUGCCUAUGACCUACCUGGAUCAGGUUGCAAACUUCAUCACACAGAACACCCAGGGUGCAACUCUGGGCCAAUCUCAAGAAUCAGCUCCUCCUGGCUCAGACCCUUGGGGCUCUGAUCGACGAUACCGUCCUGGGGAUGCUUCAACCGCCGAAAAUGCCCAGCAAUCGAUUCCAGAAGAACGAUCUCGGGUUCUUCCGCAAAAGACCUACCUUUCUAUCCGCUCUGCAAACCUCAAAGUCGUCACGAAGAAGCUUCAGGAAAUCAAUGAGAAACUUCUUUCCGAAGGUGCAAAAGACAAGGCUUUGACUUCGUCAGAGAUACAAGAUAUCGUGGCUCUGUGCGGCAAGCUAGAAUCUUCCCAGCAGCUUCCAGACUCUCCAGUUGUUGAAUCUGGCGUGCCGUUGGUGUUCAAGGUCGCUACAGAAUGGCCUACCGCCAACAGGCUGCCGGGACUGGAUCUUCUUCGUCUGUUGGCGGCUGCGGCACCUUUCGCCGCGUCCACGGAGUUUAACGGGGACGACCUCGUGACAGGCCUCCUGGGCAGCGGAAUCUUCGACGCCCCUCUCAACGUCAACAAUGCGAUGUUGUCCGUCCGGACCUUUGCCAACCUCUUCGAGACGCCCGCUGGACGGACCCUGGCUAUGAACACAUCCGACCACAUUCUGACCGGUGUGCGAUCUGCUCUGUCAAACAGCGGUGACUCGCCCAACCGCAAUCUCACCAUCGCUAUUACCACGCUGUACGUCAACUUUGCCGUUUAUCUCACCUCGGAGGGCCGAGCAUCCGCACCCGAAUCCGCAGAGCUAGGCUUGGUACUUCUCGAGGAACUAUCCAAGAUAAUCGCUGGUGAAAAGGACUCCGAGGCAGUCUACCGAGGAUUAGUCGCAUUGGGCACUCUGGUCCAGGCUCUGGGAGCCGAGAUUAAGAGCGCGGCCAAGGAAAUCUACGAGAUUGAGAGCGUCCUCUCGCGCAUCUCUGCAUCCGCAGUUGGAAAAGAACCACGCGUGAAGGGAAUCAUUGGCGAGAUUAGAGAAUCUCUCUAA